AUGGAAGGUUUCCUCUCUAAUGCCCCUGAGGGACUUGCAUCCGCGUCCAAGAUUCUAGAUGCGAUGCCGAAGAGAAGUCUCGAAAGAUUGGCGAAUGAGAUCUGCAGUAUCGUCCUACAGAAGAAAGGAUCUUUGUCAUCAAGCGCCUUAGCCGCGGAGAUUGUCGCGGAUCCCGAGCAGCAGGAGCUUGUCAUGCAGGGUGUGAAGCGAGCGAACCACGCGAUCAACGCGCUCUUGUACAUCUACAGAGAUGCGGCCGCCAAGCUUGCUUCGCCGGAAGUUUUCCGAACUGCACUUGUCGCUCGUUGUGACCUGAGCCAAGACGCAAGCGCGAUCUUGACGAGGGUGUUCGAACAGAAACAUGCGCUGCUGGUCUCAUCGGACAAGGUCAAGUCGUUCCUCUCCCUCGGCAAGCUGGUCAAGUUUGACUGGAAGUUGAGCUUUGCAUCGGAGAGCAGCAGUUGUGCUGCUCUGAAUACACCAGUUGUGGUGCUUCAUUUUCUUGUUUCAGACGAGAACUUUCAGGUCUCGAGUCACAGUUUGGAGUUGACGAUCUCGCAAUUCGAGGAGUUCGCGGGCACAAUCCAUGAAAUUUGCUCUGUCGUCGAGACAUUAUAA